AUGAUGAAAGCGCGGUUCCUGGGAUUCAGUCUUGACUCUGGUGAUGAUUUUACAUAUGUGAUAGUCACUGAUCCUGAUUCUGACAAAGAACCACGUCGGAUCUUUACCCGCUCCGUCAUCCGCCCGCGGCAUGUUCGCGAGGCCGCACCUGUUGUGGUCCGAAAGGGGAAGACAAAGUUCGAAAUUUACAAGAAGGAUGAACGCACCAUCUUGGAGGGAAUAGCUGAUCCUGAUUUUCCGCCUCGACUUUCUGAAAGGGCGCCGAAUCCACUAUUGACCAUCCAAGAGGAGCCCGAACCCUUGGACACUGUAGAGGAGUAUGAAAGAGCUAUCGAAGAAGUAUAUGGAACACCUCCUUCGAAACGACUUCGUACCGACCCUACGUCCGAUGAUGCUUUGUUACGAACUGAUCUAGAGGAGCUCCAGCCUCUCUCUGUUAAGACCGUGACAAACUCUGCUUCCAAACUACCGAGAGAACAAGCAGAACCUGCGAUUCAGCCACCAAGGGAUCAAGAGAUUGCAGCAGCUGUGCCUGCUGCCACUGUCGAAGCAACAACUGAUGGACCGAGCAAACCGGCUCAGUGUCCAGCGCCGGUAACACAAGAGGAACACACCCAAGUGACAGAUCAAGGUGAACAUGCCUCAGAAUCAGAUGAUGAUGCUUCGGUUCAAUCAGCUGGUGAUGACUCGGUUCAUUCUGCCGAUGGAGACCUCGAUGAUCACCAUGUGACACCGGAGUCGCUUGACGUUCAUCUCCAAAACAUAGCUGGUAUUUCGGAUGAUGAAGACCUCUUUGAUUUGGUUAAUGGGCAUGAAUUUCAUAAGGGAAUUUUCCCCUAUGAGACUGCCAAGUACAUCUGUGCCAACAAGAUUGGGUCCUGUUCCGGUAACCACAAGAAUGGACCACACCAACAUUGGGCACGAACGUUCAUGAAAAAGACUCGACGUGUCAUGCGUCGAUUUGUAAAGUACUACGGUUAUUCCAAGCCUAUGAAGGAAGGCCAAGUAUUUUCCUGUCCCAAAGAAGACGACAGCUACCAGAUUCAAUACACCAAGCGUUUCAAGAAGUCCACCCCCCGCCAGAAUCGAUGUGCCAAGAAGCCUGGACGUCUCCGACGACCUCUUCCUGUCAAGUAUGGCAUUCCAAUUUGGCGGACCGUUUAG